CGGCCCCGGAACCCCCGGGAGCGGCCCCGGGGCCCCCCCCAGCGCCCCCCGCCCCCUCCCGGCCCCCACAAACCCCCCCCCCGGGCACCGGCUCCUCCGCUCCCGUCCCCGCCGGGCUCUCCAUGCGAGCCGAGCCCCGAUGGCCGCGGUCCCGAGCGCCGGGAUCAAGCGCAAGCCGGAGGAUGCGGGAUCGGGAUCGGCCGCGUCCAGCGGCGCCGCCUCGGACGACGAGAUCGCCACGAGCGACAGCGGCGACAGCUGCGACAGCGGCGGCAGCUCCGGCAGCGCCGGGCCCCCGUCCAUCCUGCGGCGCUCGCGGGCGCGCCGGGGCGGGAAGCGCGUGCGCUUCGCCCAGGUCACCGUCUACUACUUCGCCCGGCGCCAGGGCUUCACCUGCGUGCCCAGCGCCGGCGGCAGCUCCCUGGGCAUGGCCCCGCGGCACCACCGCGCCCGCAGGUACAGCCUCAGCCAGUUCGCUCACCUGCGCCAGGUGAGCCACCGGCAGCACCUGCGGCAGCACCUCCGCAGGGAGAAACUGCGCGCCAGGAGGAGAGAGCUGACCCAGAACGGGACGGUGCCGUCGGCCGAGGCCGCGGGGCUCACCUUGGCCGACGUGUCCGACGACGACCUGGACGUGGGGCAGGUGGAGGUGGGCGAUUACUUCUACCUGCAGCCGCUGCCCACCAAGCGGCGCCGGGCGCUGCUGCGCGCCUCGGGCGUGCGCAGGAUCGACGCCGAGGAGCGGCAGGAGCUGCGGGCGCUGCGCCUGUCCCGCGAGCAGUGCGGCUGCCUCUGCCGCCUCACCUGUGAGCCGCGCACCUGCGCCUGCAGCCAGGCCGGCAUCCAGUGCCAGGUGGAUCGCACGUCAUUCCCGUGCGGCUGCUCCCGGGACGGCUGCGGGAACGUGGCCGGGCGGAUCGAGUUCAACCCCCUGCGCGUGCGCACCCACUUCCUGCACACCUUGAUGAAGCUGGAGCUGGAGAACCGGCGGGAGGAGGAGGAGGAGGAGGAGGGAGCUGCUGCCCUCCCUGGCCCCACCUGGCCCCCCCCGCAGCCCCCCGAGACUCAGGACUUCCAGGAGUACCUGGCGGAGAACGAGCGGGCGGUGCUGCACCUGCAGACGGCCGAGGAGCUGGAGAGGCUGAAGGCUGAGGAAGACUCUGGAAGCGGCUCUGGGGGAGAGGGGGGCGGGGUCUGCGUCCUGGGGGAGCACCUGGAUGACACCUGGCAGGUGAAACCUCCCCCGUGCCCCGGGCUCAGCUCCACCAUCCUCAUCCCAGCCCAGUUCCCUCUGGAAUCUUCUGUCCUGUGCUACCCCCCGGGGCAGCCGACCCAGGUGGGCUCCCAGCCUUACCUGGCCGAUGCACCUGGGCUCUACUGCCAGGUGGAGCCACGGGCAGGUGCCAAGGGUGGGAGUGGCCACGUGGAGCAUCCAGCUCCAGCUUCCAGCCCCCCUGGGAAGGAGCUGGGGCUCCCACCUGUCCCUGCUGCUGUGAGCAAGGGAGGAGCACCUGAAAAUCUCCCAGAGCACCUGGAGCACCCCCACCUGCCCAUAUGAGUGGCCUCGGGCCCUCUGGCUCCAUUAUUUAUUCCAUGGAUUGAUUAUUUAAUUGGUGGGGGCUGCUCUGGACAGAGGAUUUCCCUGGCCCAGGGCCAGGAGUCCUUCACUCACCUGGUAGGGGUCACCUGUGCCGGGACUCACCUGAGCUGCAGCCCCUUGGAUCCUUCCUGUUCUCCAUCCCACCUGGCAGAGAUCACCUGUGCAAGGACUCACCUGAGCUGGAGCCUCCUGGAUCCCGUGGCAGCUCUGUCUCCCCGGCUGCCUCCACUCUCCUUGUUUUUAAGGGAAAAGCCCUUUUUCCCUAAUUCCUGUUUGUUUAAUGAAUGUUUCACCUGGGCCGCCUCCCAUCCCACCUCAUCCAGGUGAUGCUCCCACUCACCUGCAGCUGGGAUGGAUUGGGAAACACCUGGAACUGGCACAAGAGACCCAAGACUGGAGUCCCCAAACUCACCUGGAAAAUUUUGGGGGUUGAACCAACUUCACUUCCUCACUGGCUCCUCCAUCACCUGGAAUUGAUCACCUGUACCUGUGGGAACCUUCUGGGAUGUUCAUUCCUGUGCUGGGAGGUGCCUCCAGCAGCUGCUGAGGGGUUGGAGCUGCCCCUCCAAGGACCAGGAUUUGGGAUGUGAGGGUGCAGGAGUGUCCCUGUCCCUACCUGUGAUCCUGGCCCAUUGCAGGUGGUCCUGGGCCAGUUCCAGCAGGGUCAGAGCGCUGCAGGUGUGCCCAGGUGUCCCUGUUAGCCCACGGAUGCAGUGUCACCUGGCCCUGCCCUGCCUCCUUCCCAUCCCAGGUGAGCUCCAUCCACCCAUCCAGGUGACCCCCACCUGGCUGUGAUUCCCAAAGAACCUGUUCCUGCCAUUCCAGCACUCGGGGUCCAUCCCAUGAUGCCAUGGACGUUCUGUUCCUGGUGAACCCGACUUCCUGGAGCCCCUGCAAUUCCCUGUGCUGCUCCUCAGGUGCUUCCUGCUCACCUGUGUUCCUUCUGGCUCCGGGCAUCUCCACUGGCAUCAAACUGGUCAGACUGGGAUGGAUUCAGGUUCUCCAGGUGUGGAUUCUCCAGACUCACCUGGUCCCUGCAGCCCUUCCUCGGACUGGGAUUCAUGGAAAACCCACCUGUGCUCCGGACCUUCUGCAGCUCUGACAUCUGUCUCGGAGUGAAACUUCUCAUUUUUGGGGCUUUCCCCUCUUUUUUGGCUUCUGCCAGGUGAGAUCAACCUGGGCCAGGAGCAGUUCCAGCCUGGGAAGAGGCAGGAGUGGGGGAAAAUCGGGAUGUGGGGUGGGGCUGCCUGUUCUCCUCUGGGUCUGUGCCCCAAAUCCUGCAUUCUGCUCACCUGGAGCCUACAGACUGUGGGAUCUGCUCACCUGGAUCUGCUCACCUUGUGGGAUCUGUGCCCCUGGACCUGCUCACCUGCUCUGGUGUGUGCCUUCAGGACCUGCUCACCUGGAUGCUCCCAGACCCCACAGGGACCCAAAUCCCCCAGCCCAGUUGCUGCCACCCCAUUCUUUUCCUGACUUUUUGAUUUCACCAUUUUGGCUUUUCCAGCAGUUUUCCCACACUGGGGUCUGACCCCCCCCCCCCCCAGUUUUGGGGGGUUGAGGGUCCCCUGGUGCACCUGGGGGUCACCUGUCCCCUGUGGGGGGUUUAAAAGGGGUUUAAGGGGGCUCAAAGUGGGGUUUUUAGGGGUUAUGGAGGUGCUGAGGGAGUUUUUUUGGGUUG